AUGGCCGCCGACCCGCGUGACCCUCCAGGCCUGCGCUGGCUCGAAACGUUGAUUCCAGGCGUGUACUUCCUGUCGGGAUUCGGCUCCUUGAUCACCUUCACUUCCACGGUCGGCAUUUUCGGGUCGCCUCAUCACUACUUCUCCGAAGUCCAAGUCUUUCUUGCUUUGAGCUGGCUCUUUUUCACGCUAUCCCUCGCCCUCGCAACGCUGACGACUAUGGCACUCACGUUUCAGCGGCAGCAUGUCCGUGACGCGUUCGAGCGCGGGUACAAGAGUUGGCGGGGCGGGGCGGGCAAUCGAACCGCCGGUGAAAGAGGGGUUGUCUUCGGAAUUGUCGUGUUGGGAUGUGGCAUGUGGUUGAUGUUGCUUGUCUGUUUGGCCUUUGUGUUUCUGAGUCUGACUGUGGCUGCUUAUUCUCUUGCUGUCGGAUGGAUCAGUUUUGUGGUGAGUGCCGGGAUGAUGGUGUGUACAGUGCUGUUCUGGGUUUUGAUGAGCCAGAGAGAUUGA